AUCCUCAGCAACCAUGGUAAAACUUCUCGUCCAGAUCGGGAUGGAGCGCGAGGGCGUGACGGACGUCGUGCCGGAGGACGGCUACGAGUUCUUCUUCAACGUGACAUGCACGUCGUGCCGCGAAGAGCACCCGAAAGCGGUCUCGUUCAACCAGACGGACGAGCACGAGCUGAGCGGGAGCCGGGGGAGUGCGCACUUCGUGUGGCGCUGCGGGAACUGCAAGCGCGAGCAGAGCUGCUCGUUCGCGCCGGUCGCGGGCAAGAGCGUCGCGCCGCUGCCGUACGCGGCGGAGAACGGGCAGCUGGCGCCGUUCGUCGCGCUCGACUGCCGCGGGCUCGAGGUCACCAAGUUCCAUUUCCGCGGGGCGUGGCGCGCCAAGGGCGAGACGGGGGCCACGUUCGAGGUCGACCUCGACGAGGGCGAGGAUCGGUGGGACGACUACGACGAGGACGCGGGCGUGCCGGUCUCGCUGAGCGAGUUCCGCAGCGAGGUCAAGCGGGCGUAGCUAUAUGGGUGCGGAGGAGAUGGAUGCGACAUGGGAUACUGCAUGUUCUAUAGAGUGCUUAAAUGUGGCCGUGGCCCCACUGCGUGGCCUCGGCGGCGAGCUCGACGGCGGCAAGGCCCCAGUCCUCGCCGUGGUCUGAUGUGAGCGUUUCCUCGGGUGAUUC